CAAUGCUAGUCCAUAAAUGACUUCAAGCUGAAUGCAAGAUGUCCUUAAAGAGACUCAUUCAGCAAAGCCGUAAUGGCAACGGUGUGGGCUAUUGUAUGAACUCAACUUACAGCCCCUGGUUGGAACCAGUCAGUAGCCCGCCUCUGGACAACAGGAGGACCCAGGAAUUCACAAACUCAAUGGACUCAUUAACGAAGGACUACAAGCAGCUUGCUUUAAGAAGAAUGAGUUCCUUGGGUGAUUCUUCUGGCCCACAAAGAAAAUCACUUACCAUCCUCAAAGAAGAUAAUGAAACAUUUGGAUUUGAGAUUCAGAUACUUCCGUUUCAGCGUCAAAAUAACAACUCCUUUGAAAUGUACAGUUACGUCUGCAAAGUGAAAGAAGGAAGCCCUGCCUUUCUUUCUGGACUAAAGAGCGGUUACAUUCUAACCAGUAUCAAUGGAGUGAGCACAGAGAGCCUCUGCCACAAAAAAAUGGCGGACUUGAUCAGCGCAUCAGGAAAUCUUCUAAGGUUGGUUGUUGUGAAUGAAGCCUUGAUUGUCAAAAGAAUGGAACUGGAAACCAAGCUGAGAUUUUUGAAGAAAACUCUGCAGGAAAAGUUGGUAGAGUUUCAGUCACUGUGCUUCCGAGAACAACGCCUUGCAAAUGGGGAAGUAGAGUCGCCAUUGGAUUCCAUCGGAUCAGAUUCUUCUAAUUUAUUUGGAGAUUAUGUUGGGUCAGAAUCGGCCAUGACCAAUAAAGCCCGAUUUUCUAGUGAAAGCAGCUGCUUAAGCCGCCUGAGCUCAAUGACUGUGGACAGUGAGGACAGCUUCUACCAAGCCUGUGUUUUCGAAGAUGCUGCUCGUGGGACCUUCAGUCGGCAGUCAAGCACGGAGGACGACUGCUUCCUCCCAAGAGACUCUGAUGUUGCUCACAUGAAGACCAAACUGAGAAGACACAGAAGCUUCAGGAUGGCCAGCAGUGGAUCCAUGUCCCCCUCCUCGGAUGGAGGCAAAGUCCCAAACAUCUUUGGGACACUUCCACGGAAAAACAGAAGUGGUAGCAUUCGGAAAAGACUGUUGAAUUUCAUCCCUGGCCUUCACCUAGCAGUAGAAGAGGAAGAAAAUUAUUUCUGACCACAGGAAAGGGUUGAGAUUUUGGGCAGCAACUGGCAAUUCUGCAACCAUGUAGUGCUCACCCUUCCGGUUGUAAUUCAAGGAAACCAGGGGAGAUGGACAAUUCAGACUGAGAGACAGGGUUUUCUUGACAUGGCCCGUUCUGCCUGAAAUAGACUUCAACCAUGACAGAUGUACAGAUUUUUUUAAAUUAUUAUUUUCCAGGAGAAGGACACUCUAACAACAUUAGGGCUAACAACAUUAAGUCAAUGUGGCCUGACAUGAAGAGUAUACAGUACAGGCAGUCUCCAAGUUACGAACUUCUGAGUUACAAACAACCCAUACUUGUGAACGAGCUGUCAUAAAGCCUAUCAACAAUUUCCUGCAGUAAUUUUUUUAAAAAAUUAUCACCAUAGAGAGGGAAAGGAAGAGAAAGGGGAAAGAGGGAGGCCUCCAAAGCAUGCCUUCCUGCCCCAACCAUCUGGAGAGGGAAAUCAUUCUAGCUUUUCCUUGCUGCAAAGAGGAGGCACUGGUGAAUUGAGCAGUGAGGGGACUAGAAAUACUUGCAGUUUUUCCACCUUCAACCCCUGUGAAUGUGGAGAGCUGACUAUAUGUAAUUUGACUUAAGUACAAGUUCAACUUAGAGACACAUUUCCCCAAGUUCUACUUAAAGACAAAUUUCCAUUUUCUCAGGAAUGGAUCUUGUUCGUUACCUGUGGACUACCUGUAACAGUUAGGAACAAAUAUUCCAUGGUGGUAUUUCUUCCCCAAGUAUUUAGAUGCUAAUAAGAAAAUUAGACACAUCCUUCUUCUGGAUUAGCAAAAGAAAGGCCCAGUCAAUUCACUUGGUGUUACCACCACAUUUCCUUCAUGCAUGUAUUAAGGGGUCAUGAUUGUCCAUCAUUGUCAUUAUAUCCUUUUAUGAUUGCCUGGAAGAACCAUACAGUCAGGCAGAGGGAGUCAGCCACAUGAGCUGGCAGGCGUCCAGAGCUUAACAAGAUGAAGUGUUUUACUAGAAAGUUUCUCUCUCUUUCUCUUUUUAAAUAUAUUUGAAAUACUAUUCUACCUUUACCUUUGAGUAGCAGGCUUCAAGAACUGAAAAAUUCACAUCUGAAUUUCAGAAAACAAUUCAAGAGUUACCACCAACUUGUACUUAUUGGGUGCUACUCAUCAGAAAUUAAAAACAAGAACAUGAAAUCUUUAAUAUGCUAAAAAAUUUAAGUACUACAUUUCAAUAUCCAAAUGGAAAAAUCCGAAUUCCUGAAAUUUGGCUUUCUGCACAUAUGGUUAGAAAAUGCUUGUGUAGGCCCAGGGCUGUGCUAGGAAGUCUGGACUCUCUAAAGCAGGGGCGUCAAACUCUUUCAGCGCAAGAACCCAGUUCCAUAUCAGGGAGGCUGUUGGGGCCAAAUUCCAGUGUGGCUGAGACCUCAUGUAGAAAGGGUGGAGCUAAAAUUUAGGCUUAGCCCAAGGAGAUGCAGUUUGGCAUUGUGGAAUGGAGGGAAGCAGGGAACGUGCAUAAGCUGGGAAACCACCAAAGGACUGCCGGGCAGGGGAGCAGGGCCAGAGGUGACAUGGACACCUGGUGAACCUGGGAAGGAUCCCCUGCUGUAGAGGAAGGAUGGGGCACAUGUGUAGCAGGCAAAUAAAUUAAUUUGUUUUAGUA